CAGUGAUCUACCUCUACUUGUCAGUUCAUCCCAAAGUCCUUCAAUGUCCACCAAACUAUUGAAACCCACAAAAACCAUCUUUCUCUCUCCUCGCUUCCUCCGCGCCAUUUUGUUCUCGACCCACACUGAAAAACCCUUUAGUUCCAUUGACAUUGACCCACCUCUCCCAAAGAAACUCCCAUUCAAACUCAGUGCUCAUGGCCGCAAGUGGGACGAUCCUUACCAUUGGAUGUCUAACAUCAACGACCCAGAUUUCAUCUCUUAUCUCCAUCAAGAAAACUCAUAUGCUCAAGCUUUCAUGGCUGACACUAUUAUUAAACAAAAGGAGCUUUUCUCUGAGAUGAUUAGUCGCAUUCCAUCCAACAUUUCUACUCCCCCUGAACGUUGGGGUCCUUGGUUCUACUACCAAUACAUUCCAGAAGGGAAAGAAUACCCUGUUCUAUGUAGAAGACUGGAGACAGAGGGAUAUACAGGUUUAGGAAGUUUGUUUAGUUGCAUAAGAAGGGGUUUCAGAAGGGAGGAGAUUUUGCUGGAUUGGAAUGAGAUUGCUCAAAAACAUGGCUAUGUCCAUGUGGGUGCAUGUCGGGUUUCACCUGAUCACAACUUUCUGGCCUAUACGCUUGAUGUAAAUGGCUCUGAGCGAUUCACCCUUCAGAUUAAAGACUUGAGGGAUGGUCAUAUAAUCUCAAGAGUUACAGCUGAUGCCGUGGUUAGCUUGGCAUGGGCUCAAGCUGGUUCUGCUCUGUUUUACACUGUUGCUGAUGAUAAUCAGAGACCAUACAGGGUCCUUUGUACAGAAAUGGGGUCAAAGUUUGACAAAAUAAUAUAUACAGAGGAUGAUUCUAGGUUUUGUGUGGACAUUACUUGUACAAAGGAUGGCAAGUUCAUUACAAUUAAUUCCAACUCAAGGUCUUCAUCAGAGGUCUAUAUCAUUGAUGCGGCCAAUCCAUUUAAUAGUCUUCUCAGAGUACAUAAGCGUGUCCACGGUGUGCAGUAUUUUCUGGAACAUCAUCAUGGUUUUUUCUUUGUUCUGACAAAUUACCCUUCAGCUGAAGUUGAGAAGCUACCUUGUGGAAACUUUUACCUCGGCAUUUGCAGAAUUGAAGAAAUAAAUUCUACUAAUUGGCAGAAUAUUAUACUGCCUAGAAAAGGUACUUGCUUGCGAGAUAUGGAUAUUUUUGAUAAACAUUUGGUCCUCAUUCUUGAUGAAGAGGGGUCUUCCGUGACGUGUUCAGUGAAUCUGCCUAUUGACGUCAACUGCAAGCGCAUCAUGGAGAUUAAUGAUCUGAAUCCUUGGACAUUCCCCCUGCCUUCUGAGUUGUGCGGAGUGGCCCCAGGGUCAAACCAUGAUUACAUGACCUCGGCAUAUCGUGUGAUUCUUUCCUCUCCUGUGAUGCCUGAUUUAGUAGUUGAGUAUAACAUGUCUAAACGUAGAUUUUCCAUCGUUCACCAAGAAGAGGUUUGUGCUACUGAUAGCGAACAUCCUGAUUCAGCAAAGUUGGAUAAACUAUUAUUAAAUAAUAGCAAUGAUAAGUGUUAUCAAGAAGUAGAAAAAUUACAGAGCUGGGAAGAAUUUUCAGCGAAUUACGUUUGUGAAAGACACAAGGUCAUUUCCCAUGAUGGCACUGAGAUUCCUUUAACUAUAGUAUACUCCAGAGAUACACAUCACAAAGGACAGUCUCCUGGGAUUCUCGAAGCAUAUGGGGCAUAUGGUGAAGUCUUAGACAAAAGCUGGUCCUCAGAUCGCCUCUGCUUACUUGAUCGUGGAUGGGUUGUGGCAUUGGCUGAUGUAAGGGGUGGAGGUGGUCCUUAUCCUUCCUGGCAUGAAUGGGGAAGUGGAGCUAAUAAGAUAAAUUCUAUAUACGAUAUUGUCUCGUGUGGUAAGUAUCUGGUUGAUGAGGGCUACGCUACAAAAGGUAGGCUGGCCGCCAUUGGAUCUAGUGCUGGGUCUCUGCUUAUGGGUGCAGCUAUCAAUUUUCACCCUGAUCUCUUUUGUGCUGUGAUUCUGAAGGUUCCCUUCCUUGAUAUAUGCAAUACAUUGAUGGAUGACAGCUUGCCUUUAACCAUAUUGGACUAUGAUGAAUUUGGAAACCCUAAAAUAAAAAGCGAAUUCAAGAUAAUUAUGGAAUAUUCUCCUUAUGACAAUGUAAAUCAAGGACUUUGCUACCCUUCAAUGCUUGUGACUGCAGCUUAUAACGACUCGAGGGUCGGAGUAUGGGAAGCUGCGAAAUGGGUGGCUAAAGUACGAGAAAGAACAUGUACAGUUUGCUCCCGUGCUGUUAUCUUGAAGACAGAAAUGAAUGGAGGACAUUUUGGUGAAGGUGGUCGCUAUGGCCAGUCUGAGGAAAAGGCUUAUGAAUAUGCAUUUCUGAUGAAGGUCAUGGGACUGCUUGAUAAUUCCAAACAUUAGGCUCACGAUGGAAGGCAAAGCUUUUAAGUUGUACAUGCUUCAAUGCUGUAAUGUGCUUCUGGAAGUAAGGACGGUUGCUUAUGGCUGAUGAAGGACUUCUCUAUGAUGCCGAGGUGGCCAAUUGGUUGAUGAAGCUCAGAUGCAUGCAAACCGUAUCUGAAAGAAUCGAGUAGCCUGAACUAUGGCAAAAAUGUGUAUGGCAGAUGGUUGCUCUAUGUGUGGCACUGUGGCAUGAAGGUACUUCAGUAUUAUUUCUAAGAGUUUCUACUGGAACUGAUCGCUCUAUACAAGUUACCAUCUUUUACAAGGUUUUCGAUGCAGAAGUAAGCAAACAAACCAGCUGAGCUGAAGAAGAGGGUAUGCAGAUCACACUUGCAGAGUUACAGGAUAUAUAUUGGUUCCGUGAGUAAGCUAAAAAUUUUUGCUGAUCCUUACCAGCAGGGAAAAUUAGGAAUUUGGUUUGCACUGUAUUAAGUUGAGCAAACUACUUAUGGCCACACUAUCUUGUAUUCUUGUGUGUUUUUAGCAGCUAUAUUUUUCUAGUUUUACAGAAUAUUCGUCUAAUACCAUUACACCCACUACAUAAAAGGGUGAAUCUGCUAUUUAAACAAAACUUGGCUUUGGUCAAUACGUGCUUGCUUUAUCUUAUCUCCUCUAGAAGAGUAAACUAGGUUUUGAACCCGUGCAUAAUGCACGGGAAUUUUUUACUUUAAUAAGAAUAUUUAUAUAUCAGCUAGAUAGCUAUAAUGAAAACAUAUAAAAGAUUAUUUACGUCUAUUGGAUCAAAAA